AUGGCAGCACUCCGUCUUCGUGAAUCGGUCAUCGAGGCAAAGCAAAAGCUGGCCAACGGCCGAGAGAAACUCAAACGGCAGCACGAAGCGGGAACUCCCGGCGUGCAACUGUGCGCCCAAAUUACGGAUUGCUUCGAUGGGAUUAUUCUCGAUCUGGUCAACGCCGCCGCGGACGACGUCCCUGGUUUUACGCCGGAGCGUGUGUUGUCCAACAUUGCUGUCGUUCCGCAUGGUGGAUAUGGACGUCGUGAUACGGCCCCCUACUCCGACAUCGACUUGAUGGUGCUGCACGCACCGACGUUUCGUGAACCCGCCAUUCAGUUUACCAAGCGGCUUCAGCAAGACGUCUUUGAUGUUGGGCUAAUCCUAGGGCACAGCCUGCGUACGCCAUCCCAGGCAAUCUCGGCGGCGCUUUCCGAUGCGACUAUUUUCACGUCGCUCGCCGAAAACCGUUACUUGGCAGGUAGUGUCGGGCUGUUCCGUGAUUUUGCCGAGCCAUUUCGCCGCAAAGCGAGACGUAGCUACCGUGGAUUGUUUCACGCGAUCAUGAAGGCUCGCGACGAGGAACGUCAGCAGUAUGGCGAAAUCGUGCACUUGCUGGAGCCGAACAUUAAACGUUCCAGCGGAGCCUUGCGUGGCAUUCAGAUGGUGCGCUGGCUCGGCUUUGCCAAGUUUGGUGAAAACGAACUCGACUCAUUAAACCGCCUGGGGGCGAUUUCUGACCGAGAUCGCAAGAUCCUGCGUGAUGCCAGGGAGUACCUGUUGCGGUUGCGUAACGAGCUCCAUUUUCAUGCUGGCAAGUCCUCCGAUCUACUCGAUCGGGCCGAGCAGAUCCGCAUCGCGGAAAUGCACUUUAUCGCUUCGAUUCGCCCUCAGUCGGUCGUAACGACCCUGUUGGGGCCAAUCAUGACGCGACGCGUUGAUCGUGAUUUUCACGUUGGGCCGUACCGCAUCAGCACUUCGCGCCGCUGGAAACAGCAUCGUGCUGGACAGCUCGAUCAAGUGUUGGAACUGAUGAUCGCUGCCAGCCGCUUCGAGCGCCAAAUCGAUCAUCCAACGUGGGAGGUCAUUCGCGCCCGGUUCCAAGGCCAAGGCGAAAUCGAGAUGACCGAGGCAACCCGCAAGGCGUUCUUAACGCUCCUUUCCGAGCCUGGUCGACUAGGGCAAUUGCUACGCCGCCUGCACGAGUUGCGGCUGUUAGAGAAGAUCGUCCCUGGCAUGGCGCAUGCUCGUUGCUUGCUGCAAUUCAAUCAGUAUCACAAGUACACCGUCGAUGCCCACUGCAUUAAAACGGUUGAAUGUGCGACCGAAUUUUUGGAGCGAGAAGAUACGCUGGGGGCUGUCUGUCGAUCGAUCAAGAAGCGUUGGCUGCUGCAUCUUGCAUUGCUCAUUCAUGAUCUCGGCAAAGGCUUUCCGGAAGAUCACAGUAUUGUCGGGGCGGAAAUUGCCGGCGAAGUGGCCGAUCGUUUUUGGCUUUCGCCGCAAGACAAAGAAACGCUUGUGCACCUGGUACGUUAUCACCUUUCGAUGUCGCACCUAGCGUUCCGACGCGAUACAUCGGACGAACAACUGGUCCUGCGGUUUGCCAUGGAAAAUGGUCCUGCCGAGCGGAUGAAGAUGUUGUUCGUGCUGAC